CACCUUGUAAAACCUUUUACAUUCCCUUACCAAUUGAAACCAGGUUUUCUUGAUAAAAUGCAGGCGCAUCCAUUUUUAGAUGCACUUCCUUAUUAUGAAAAAGGGUACCAAGAACAGGAUCGUGCAGUCGCAAUGAAGCUUGUAGAAGAAGAAGUAGUAAGGUCCGGUGGAACAAAGCUUCCUAAUCCUUCUCUUGAUGAGUUUACUACGCCGUUUAAAAUCUCUGAGCGAAUGCAAAAUGCUGUUCAAGCAGCCGGUAGAGGAGAAAAACUACAGUCGAUUAAUAUAAAUCGUUACAUCAAUUUACAAGCUCCAGGAAAUCCAGGAAGCCUAAUGCAAUCGGCGAUAGCUUUGGAAUACCUAAGAUCACGGGAAGACAAUUUGGAAUUGCUUAAAAAACAUGGAGAAAGUGCCUGGAAAAAUCACAUUGACUCAUUGGAAGAGAUUUUGCAAAACAUGGAACGUGAGAUUCAAACUACUCGAAAGAAAUCCCAAAUAUGCAACCGAAAAAGGAAGCAUUACCAAUUGGAGAUGGGAGAAAAACUUGUAGAUCAAGAAAGCCAGUUUGGCAAUUUAUUGCUGAACUCAAUUCAGUGUCGUGUCGCUACGCUUUUGACAAGUCUUUAAGAAAAGAACGUUUUUCUCACACGAAAGAAAGACUUGCCAUUAAAAUCUAAACCCGUUAUUUCAACAUAGAAGAGUAUCUAGUACCAUUCCUUGCCUUACCCUGUUACUACUGUAAGAACACGCACACUUUUGUAUGUUUUACGAAUUAUAUAAUUGUAUUUAAUUUGAAAAUGCUUUUCAAAAUGAUUUGGUAUAUAGAAUAAAAUAGAUUUAUGCGCUACUACUUUACGCUCAUACUUAGUGAUUUACGACUAGUCAAAAAAAUAGGGUUGCAACUUUUGUUUAGCAAAUCAUGUACUAUUUUCUUUU